AUGCAUCGAACAUCUUUCGCGGAGUCGGGUGGAUGUCUCAUUGCGCAAUUUAAUUGGCUUCAUCAGGUUGAAGAGCGUUUUGUGGUGCCAACGGUGGUGGACAGAAGCAUUCUCUUCUUCAAUCGGAAGACCCUCUUCCCUUCAUCGUCCUUCUUGAAGAAAUCUCCCAUUGCCACCAAGCGGCUCCUUGCCUCAGAAGACACCGCUUACUUUCUUGCCAUCUCGCAACGUCUGGGUCAAAAGCCUGCCCCCUUUUCCUGUUCUCGAUGCCAUUUUCGAAGUCUGGUUCAAGAAGGAUCGAGGUCGUCUCCAAGACCAGCAUGGCACAAUAUCCAUGCUGAACUCAUUCAACGUCUUCUUACCUUCAAGUACAACGGCGACGAAAAAGUCGCCACUAUCGACUACCUCGCUGCCCAUCCCAUUCCUCCUCCCGUUGUCACUUGCAUUAAACGCACCCAAGAGAAGAACGAGGUCACUUUCGAGUUCGUCGACCGCUUGCCUGUUACCUCGUUCUACUGGAAGUUGUGGUAUGGAGACGAUGCUGUCCUUCCUCAAAUCGACAUCCACGAGACUUCCCAUGGACCCGAGGUCACCAUCAAGAGUGCUGCUGUUGAGCAGUUCUGUGCCAUUGUGGGCGACCAGUGCGAGUCUUUCUCAACCAUUCGCAACGAGGAGGUUACCGCGCCAAUGGAUUUCGCGAUUGUGACUGGAUGGCAGGUUUGCUAUCAUGAAGUCAAUUUCCCCGCCUUCAUCGACGGCGACUUGCUCCGUCUGGUCCAUUUGUCUAACGGCUUCCGCAUGCUCGACGGCGAGAAACCCUUCGCAUUAGAGAUGUUGAUGAACCGUGCCGAUGCUGAAGUUUUGGCCUAUAUGCAGUACAACAUCGGCCAAAUGGACCCAACAAAGGGCGAGACGUACGCAUUGGCCAAGAAACCCGGUCAGCAACUGAUUGACAAUGUCCGGGAGGUCAUCGGAGAAGACCCGUUUUACAUGUACGAUUGCCUUGACCAAGCGCCACUGCUCGAGCCCCGUCGACUUGCCGUGUAUCUAUCCAAGCAGAAAGACUCGCGAUGGGACCCGUUUAUCGCUCUGUCCAAGAACGGCAGACUCUUCAAGAAUGCAAUGACCACAGCAGCGGUCUUUGGAUCGACCAAGAUUGCCGAGCAACCAAUGUCGACAUUGCAAUGCUUCACGCAGCCUGAAAAAGAAGUGAACGGUCGAAGAAGGAAGUGCAGAAGGAGCAAGAGGAUUAUGACCACAAAGCGGCUAAUUGGUGGGCUUGUUACUCUUCCCAGACGAAUGGGAUAA